UUCUUCUCCUAACUUCAGCUGCACAUCGCGCUCUUGGGUAGAUGAUCAGCGCAGCCAAUGUAAAAGUGGAUUAACUUUAAAAAAAAAAAAAAAAAAAAAAAACAACAACAAAAAAAACUGCAAUCAUCGAAUAGGCAGGGUGAUUUUGAACUAUAAUUCAGUCGUGUUAUUGAUCAGUGUGCUUUGUAUCUGAUACUCCAGUUCCGUUUGACUUUCAUAGCGACACAGGGGCCAAUUAGGCAUUUGAGAUAUCCGUCACUGUCAUUUGCACGACACGGUGAUUGAGCGGAUGACAAGCGCCAAUAAAUGAUUUUAUUCUGCAUGUGAAACCACAGUGUGCAUGGAUGCACCUAACCCUAACUGCCCUCCUCAUCUGAGCUCUUGCACAGCUAAUAGAUAAAUGCUCGACCAUUUUCACCCUUCACAUUUUUACAGCAUUUAUUUCCUCUUAUGUGCAGUGGUAAUUUAUUCGCAUUAGCUGUGCAUUAGUUGUGCGCAUUUAUUUCUAAGCUAAACCAAUGCUUCUAAUGGCUGACUGCAUGCACAAGCUGUACAUGUUUUAGGACGAUUAUUUCCCCUCCCCUGAUUAGCUCGAGCUCGUUCAUGUCUUGAAGAGGUGAAUAGAAAAGUACAUCUCGCUGUCUGCUUGUAGUGUGUGUAUGUGUACUCACGCGGUACUUGGGCAACGCCAGCGACCGGAAAUGUCAGACCCCUUCUCUUCCAUAUAUGGUCAAAACCCCGCCCACAGCGCGUCAUCGCUCUGACAGUGCGGAUCCCGCGGGUCUAGAGUUUUGGCUCCCGGGAAAGGCUUCAGUCCUAGGGGAUAGAGGGCUGAGUUUUGUACGCUUCCAUCCAUUCCGAGAGACGCUAAAGGCCCCCCUCAUCAAGCUCUCUCCCGCGUCCGGGAACACCUCCGCGCUAAAUCAUAGUUUUUUUCCCGUUUAUUUGUCUUUUGGAGCUGGAGCGCCUUGCCAGAAAGUGGUCGAUUCAGCAGUGUCCUGAAGCUUUUUUUUUCCUGUAGGGAUGAUGACACGAGACUGAGAGCAUCAUCACAGCGCAAAGUUACAAGAGAUGUUGAACUGAUUUUUUUUUUUUUUUUUUUACAAAGAAAGAAAAGGAAAAAAAACAACAUCCAGGUAUUUCGACGACUCCUCCAACGGGAUCUCGAUCCAAACAAGCCGCUGAGAGAUCUUGACAGAGAAUCCUCCACUCACUAAAAUCGUCCAUGUCGUGCCAACACAGGACGCGCUGAAGAAGGAACCGAGACUUGUUGUGAACUGGGUUUUGUUUCUAUUUUUUUUUUUUCCUUCAACAAAUCACGACCAAACUCUCACAGAGAUCCGAGUGCGUCUCGUGGAGAAACGACGCGUCCUUUCCCGAUUUUCGCUUUGACCUCGUCGGCUGGAGCUGGUUUGCGCGCACGCCGCUUUAAUGUUUGGGAUUCAGGAGAAUAUACCGAGAGGGGGGACGACUAUGAAAGAGGAGCCGCUGGGCAGCGGCAUGAACCCCGUCCGAUCAUGGAUGCACACGGCCGGGGUGGUGGAUGCUAACACAGCCGCCCAAAGCGGAGUGGGUCUGGCGCGGGCGCAUUACGAGAAACAGCCGCCGUCCAAUCUGAGGAAGUCCAAUUUUUUCCACUUCGUCUUGGCUCUGUACGACAGACAGGGUCAGCCCGUCGAGAUCGAAAGGACAGCUUUUGUGGACUUUGUGGAGAAGGAGAAAGAACCAAACAGCGAAAAAACUAACAAUGGGAUACAUUACAAACUACAGCUUUUAUACAGCAACGGCGUCAGAACAGAACAGGAUCUUUAUGUACGGUUAAUCGAUUCCAUGACAAAACAGGCUAUUAUUUAUGAAGGCCAAGAUAAAAAUCCAGAAAUGUGCCGAGUUCUCCUCACACACGAAAUUAUGUGCAGCCGGUGUUGUGACAAGAAAAGUUGCGGGAACAGAAAUGAAACCCCUUCAGACCCUGUGAUCAUCGACAGAUUCUUUUUGAAAUUCUUCCUCAAGUGCAAUCAGAACUGCCUGAAGAAUGCAGGCAACCCACGAGACAUGCGCAGGUUCCAGGUCGUUAUAUCGACGACAGUUAACGUGGACGGUCAUGUGUUGGCCGUUUCGGAUAACAUGUUCGUCCACAACAACUCCAAACAUGGCCGCCGUGCUCGGCGCCUUGACCCCUCUGAAGGUACGGCCCCUCCUUAUCUGGAGAAUGCAGCUACCCCAUGCAUAAAGGCCAUUAGCCCCAGUGAAGGCUGGACCACCGGCGGAGCCACGGUCAUCCUCAUCGGAGACAACUUCUUCGACGGCCUGCAGGUCGUGUUCGGCACCAUGCUUGUAUGGAGUGAGUUGAUAACGCCCCAUGCUAUACGAGUGCAGACUCCACCCAGACACAUCCCCGGGGUCGUGGAGGUCACUCUGUCCUACAAGUCCAAGCAGUUCUGCAAAGGAGCACCAGGAAGAUUCGUCUAUACCGCUUUGAACGAGCCAACUAUUGACUACGGCUUCCAGAGACUGCAGAAGGUCAUCCCCAGACAUCCAGGUGACCCGGAGAGGUUGCCAAAGGAGGUUCUACUAAAGAGAGCAGCUGACCUUGUGGAGGCUCUGUAUGGCAUGCCCCACAACAACCAGGAGAUCAUUCUGAAGCGGGCAGCGGACAUUGCUGAGGCACUCUACAGUGUACCACGCAACCACAACCAGAUCCCGUCUCUCGCUAACACCGCAUCCCAUGGCGGCAUGAUGGGCGUCAACUCUUUCGGUAGCCAACUGGCGGUCAACGUCUCCGAGACUUCACAGGUUGGCUACAGCCGUAACACGAGCAGUGUGUCGCCUCGUGGCUACGUGCCCAGCAGCACUCCUCAGCAGUCCAACUACAACACCGUCAGCAACAGCAUGAACGGCUACGGAAACACUGGCAUGCCCAACCUGGGUGUCCCGAGCUCGCCUGGAUUCCUCAACGGUUCAUCCGCCAACUCGCCCUACGGCAGUAAGUAUCAAGUAGUUCCAUCGAGCCCUACCAUGGCAGCCUCUUCGGUCAGCCUCUCUUCAAACUGUAGCAGUACACACGGCAUUUUCUCAUUCUCACCUGCCAAUGUCAUCUCUGCAGUGAAACAAAAGAGCGCCUUUGCCCCCGUUGUCAGGCCCCAAGCAUCUCCACCUCCUUCUUGCACCAGUGCAAAUGGCAAUGGACUUCAAGCUAUGUCUGGACUGGUGGUCCCUCCCAUGUAAAUUGCACUUCCACCUCUUGUAAAGCAGCAGCGUCUGUACAGUGAGCCUCGGGGUACGUCACAGAACGUUCUCCUGAAACGACCGGCAUCCGUCAUGAAGUUAUUCAACAACUAUGUUUAAUUCUGAGGAAGAAAAAAAAAAAAAAGAGACUUUGUUUUAAAUAUUUUAUUCAGACUAAUGUAAAUUGACAUGCAAGAAACUUUGUCAUGAACAUUUUAAAUUUAUUGACUGAAUUUCUUGUCAUAUUUUCACGUUUCUCUGUCUUGAAGAAGAAAAAAAAAAAAUCACGGAAGGAAAAAUUCCUAUUUUGUAUAAACCUUUCUGGUUUGAUCUUGGCUAGAUCAUGUUAUGUGUGGGGAGCAACAUUGUGGAUAUGCCAUUUGAAGAAAACACACUGAAAUGUCUCUGAAUGUUUCUUUUCGAGUGAUGCGCACCCGUCGCACAUCUCUAUAAUGUGAAGUCAUUUUUUUCGUUCAUUAUUCUUUAUUAUUUUUUUUGUUGUUGUUGUUGCUUUUUUUUCUUUUUCUUUCUUUUGAUUUGUGGUGAGAAAAAUAGGGGCCAAGCCAAUACUGCAGAGCCAACAAACUGGAAAUAACAUAACCUAAAACAUAUGAUUUAUAAAAUGUAAAGAUUAAAGUGAAUAAGAGUGAACGGGGAGGAACAGGAAAAGGAGAUGUUAUCAUGCAUACUUCAUCGAAAAUGAACUUUGUAACUUAUUGUAGGUAGAAAUUGUAACUUUGAUAUCGCAAAAAUUCUCUUGCCUUCAACAAGCACACUAACAGAGACGAAAUGCUAUUGUCUGUUGGUUAAAAAAAAAAAAAGAAAAAAAAAAGAAAAAGAAGGAAAAUACUUCCACUGCUAAAGCUUCCUGUAAAGCAAGUGUGAUCUGCAAUGUUUUUCAACUUUUUGCUAGCACUGUAUACUAUUGCAUUCUUAGGCUACUGUGGAGUCUAUGUUUCUUGUACCAGAAAGUUGUCCUUUUACUUCUAGCUCCUUCUUCCCUAAUGUGUUUUGUAUGUGGUUAUACAAUUGUAGACUUUUGUGAUUUUGCCAAAGUUGUAGCUAAAUAUUUAUACACUUGUCUUGAAUUUUUUCCAGAUCCACUUAAAUAUUUAGUACAGAGUUUUAUUCCUGCUAAAACAGCUAGGAGUAAAAUAGUCUUAUACAUUGCAACACUUUCACACAAACACUUGCGAUCACUAAGGGGUUUUUUGUAACAUAUCAAUUAUAAAUAUUGUAUUUAUCUUUGAAAUUUUUUGUAUAUUGCUUUCCAUUCUUUUAUUUGAGCUCAUAUGUAAUGUUUAUUAUAGCCAAUAUUGUGAUGCAACACAGAAUGUUAAUGCCAAGACCAGUUGCCGCCAUUUUUUUUUUUUUGUAUCAAUAGAUUGCAAUGUCUAUAUGUCUUUAUUUGUAUUUUGUUACAUCAUCAAAACAAUUCCAUCCAUUUUUUUUUUUUUUUUAGUAUUCAGUUUGUUAUUUUGAGGAACAGUCAAAUCCAUUGUUUAUUUUUGUAUUCAUUUUUAAAUUAUCUGAACAAGUCUUUUUUUUUUUUUUUUUUUUUUAAAUAAAACCUGUUUGUUGUAUAGUCAAAUAAAUUGUUUGUGACACAUGGCUGUAAUAAUAUUAGUAGAAUAUGUGCAUGUCAAGCAGCCCCAGGGGGGGAGAUUCAAUUGUGGUUGUAAAUUUUGUUUUUGUAGAAUGUAAAAAGUCAUUUUUACAUGCCACCCAUGCCACAUUAUAGCUCAACCAUGUUUACAGGGAACAAAGGAAUAAAAAAAAAAUGAGAGAAAAUGUUCUUCUUUCAAAAGGAAUCAAAAGAAUGGAAUGGAAACAUACGUGCGUACGUCAGUCACUACUGUUUAUUAAAAUAUGUCGGGGAAAAAAAAAAAAAACCCUCUGUCCAAGCCUCUAGACUGAAUCUCUUGAGAGUAACCUUUCUGCUGUUUUAAUACCUACCCAUCCACCACAAAGCCAAUCAUUACCAUUCAAAUGAUCAAUGGUGUAAAAAGCACAAGCCUUUUUUUACUAAAAUAAAAAAGUGAUUAUUGUGACCCCUCAUCCUUUUGACUAUUUUGUCAUUCUUUUCUCGAUUUUUUUUUUAAAACAUUGAAUUUGCUGUACUCCCUCAAGUAAGAAUGAUAAUCCAAGGGGAAAAAAAAAGUAAUAAAAAGUUAGAUUUUUGUAUCAUAUACGUAUAUGAAGAGCCGAGAUUAAGAUCUUCUAUAUUGUACAUGUCAUUUUGUAAUUACGCCAUGAUACAGCAGCAUAGUAGCUAAUCAUAUUAGUUAACCAGUCCUCAUAAUCCCUUCUUCUUCUCUCCCAAGGAGUUUGAUUUGCCUAGCUGUGCCAAAAUCAGCAAACAAUUCUAUUUUCUUUUCUUUUUUUUUCUUUCAUUUGUUUUUUCUUUUUCUUUUUUUUUUGUUGCACUUAACACUUUGUAAAUCUCCUGUUGUACUGUUAAGUAGUCUGUUUCACACCAAAAGGGGAUGUUCCCUCUUGGCAAUCUGCACACAAGUUUCCUUUAGCAGCAGGAAGCAAGGGCAGCUGUAGAAGGGAAUGAGUCAUGAAUGUGCAAUGCAUUUGCUUUGUGAUAGCUCAACAAAGCUUAGCUAAGUGGAGGAACUGGGGAAGUCACCUUGAAAGUGAGAGGAACCCAAGGUUAUAUGAAGUGUAUUUGUGAAUAUCGUCAUUACUGCAACCUGGUUUUGUGUUUUUAGCCUAAUUAGACCAUGCACUCAGUGUUUUAUUGCCAUUAGUCUGAAGAUUUCAGUAAAUUGUAGAUUGACUCUGUAAGGAGAAAAUACUAUUUUUGUUUCAUGUAUACAUUUUUUUAUGUUUAUGUAAACAUUUCUACAUUUUACUGUACAAAGAUGUUCAUUUUACACAAUAUUUAAUUAAAGUAUUUCUUGUCUGUGA